AUGGAUGCCCAAGUGGCUCUGCUGAACUUAUGGACAGUCCUUGUCCUGACAGCAGAACUGAAUUGGAUUGAUACUGCAGAGGUCUAUACCAACACUUGGGCUGUCCAGAUUAAAGGUGGCCCUGAGGAGGCUGACCGCAUCGCAAAGGAGCACGGUUUCAUCAACCAUGGCAAUGUUUUUGGAGAUUAUUAUCAUUUCAGACAUCACGCCGUGGAGAAAAGAGCUUUUUCUAGACACAGAGGGCUGCACAUCGGACUGCAACAAAAUACUCAAGUUCUAUGGGCAGAGCAGCAAGUGGUGAAAAGAAGGAAGAGGCGGGAUGUCUUUGCAGAACCAACAGACCCCGAUUUCCACAAGCAGUGGUACCUGUCUUCUCUGACUCAUCAAGACCUGAAUACCAAAGUAGCUUGGGCUCAGGGAUACACUGGAAAAGGAAUUGUGGUGACUAUAUUGGAUGAUGGCAUUGAAAAAGACCACCCUGAUCUCAUCAACAAUUAUGACCCCGAAGCGAGCUAUGAUGUCAAUGACGGAGAUGCCGACCCCCAACCAAGAUACACUCAGCGUAAUGAAAACAGACAUGGAACUCGAUGUGCAGGAGAGGUAGCGGCUGCAUCUAACAAUGGCGUGUGCGGUGUUGGUGUGGCUUAUAAUGCUAAAAUUGGAGGAGUCCGUAUGUUGGACGGGGAGGUAACAGAUAUAGUGGAGGCACACUCUCUCGGUCUCAACCCCCAGCACAUUCACAUAUAUAGUGCCAGCUGGGGCCCAGAAGAUGACGGCAAAUCAUUGGACGGCCCUGCAAAACUUGCCAAGGAGGCUUUCCAACAGGGAGUCACCAAGGGACGUGGUGGACUCGGCUCCAUUUUUGUGUGGGCCUCAGGAAACGGUGGCAGAGAGCAAGACAACUGCAACUGUGAUGGUUAUACCAACAGCAUUUACACAUUGUCAAUCAGCAGCACCACACAAUCUGGAAAUGUGCCAUGGUACAGUGAGCCUUGCUCGUCCACCCUCGCUACCACCUUCAGCUCUGGAAACCCUGGAGAAAAACAGAUAGUGACAACAGACCUCAGGCAAAAGUGCACUGAUUCUCACACAGGAACGUCGGCUUCCGCACCACUAGCUGCUGGAAUCAUUGCUUUGGCGCUAGAGGCCAAUACGAACCUGACCUGGAGGGACAUGCAGCACCUGGUGGUGAGAACAGCCCGGCCGAAACAUCUCAGCGCAGGAGACUGGAAGACCAACGGUGUUGGACGCAGAGUGAGUCACUCAUACGGAUACGGGAUCCUGGAUGCCGGAGAAAUGGUGGCGUUGGCGCAAAACUGGACCAGAAUGGGGCCACAACACCAGUGUGUUCAAACCAUGCUCACAGAACCAAGAGAUAUUGGGAGCAGGCUGGUGUUCAGUAAGAGUGUGGAUGCCUGCUGGGGACGGCCUGACUAUGUCAGUUCUCUGGAGCACGUUCAGGCUCGUCUCACACUCCUCCACAACCAGAGAGGCAAGCUGGCCAUUCAUCUCGUCAGUCCACUGGGCACGCGCUCUACUCUCUUGUUUCCCAGGCCAAACGACUUCUCCACUGCGGGUUUCAAUGACUGGGCCUUCAUGAGCAUCCAUUCGUGGGAUGAGGAUCCUCAAGGGGAAUGGACUUUGGAAAUAGAAAAUGUGGCAGCCAAUAGCCGUGACUAUGGAGUUCUCAGUCAGUUCACUCUCAUUCUUUGGGGGACCGGAUCCAAUGUGGUCAGCCCUUUCUCAUCGGACUUCCCUCGGCCCUCCAACAAUAGCUGCAAGACAUUUGAUGCCCAGCAGAUAUGCAUCGAAUGUAGCCCCGGCUUUUCCCUCUUCCUCCAAGGCUGCGUUAAAUUGUGUCCUCCCGGGUUCACGUCAGGGUCGCAGCUCCUCAAUCUCUCUCUGGAUAACUGGGUGGAUUUAUCUUCAGUACAAGCCUGUCUGCCCUGCCACCCCGCCUGUCUCACCUGCUUUGCCACCGGGCCCGCAGACUGUCUGUCGUGCCCCCCUCACAGCCGCCUGGUCCUCACGUCCUGCCAGCACAAGAACCAAGUCCAGCGCAAAUCUCCUCUUACCGGCAGCGAGCCGGCAGGAAAGAAUUCGGCAGCAGACGAUAAUAAAAUCGGAGGAAGCGGGUUCCCAACUGACCCGAGUUCGUCUUCUCAGCUUCCCGCCGUCGUGGCGGUGCUCAGCUGCGCAUUCAUCCUGACGGCCUUCGCGGCAGUUUUUCUCAUGCUGCAACUGCGCUCAGACAGGAAUAAAACUCCCUCGGCAUACACCGACAGACGCGUGGGCUUCGGUUUUGGCCCGGGUCGAGGACAAAGGAGGAAGGCUCGCAUAUGCUACAAAGGGAUCCCCACUGUGUGGGGGGACGAGGAACCGACUACCUACGAGUCUGAAUCAGACAGCGAGGACAUUGACGACCGUAGUGAAAGGACAGCUUUCAUAAAGACACAGAGUGUCAUCUAG